AAAGAACGAAGUAGAGGAAGUGAAGCCCGCGCUAUUUAAGCAUUGCCAGGAAAACUCGCUUGUUUACGCCAGUGAAGGAGGUUAAGGCGUCUUACGAAAAAGUAUUUCUGUCAUUGUAGGAAACGGGGUUUAGAUCACACAUGUCACAAUGUUGAUAAGCCCAGAUCAGGAGGCCCUGAUUGGCCGGGUGUUUGAAGCCUAUCUGACAGAGUAUCAUCAUGGGGACAUUCUCCAUCUUAUUGAAGAUACUACGGAAGAGACCCAUCGCCCUGUUGUUGUUAAUGCCAUGACUUUGUUUGAAGCCAACAUGGAGGUUGGGGACUAUUUCAAUGCCUAUCCCAAUGAGGUCCUGGCUAUAUUUGAUAAAGUGUUACACAGAAAAGGCCUGGAGUUAUCAGAGAGUGGUUCUCCCAAACACUAUGGAGAAAAAGAAGAAAGAACAAAAGAGAGAAUGAGACGCACUCUUCAUGUCCGCAUUACAGGUCUGCCAGUAUGUCCAGAGCUGACCAGAGACAUGAUUCCCAGGUCCAGAGAUGUAGGACACUUUCUGUCUGUCACUGGUACUGUCAUACGAACUAGUGUUGCCAAGGUUCUGGAAUACGAGCGCGAAUACAUGUGCACAAAGUGUCGUCACAUUUUCACCGUGGAGGCUGAUUUUGACCAGUUCUAUACCUUUGUCCCACCGGUGGCCUGUCCUAAUCCUGAUGCCUGCAAUUCGUACAAAUUUAGCUGUUUGUCUGGAGGAUCUGAGCCUGCUGCCUGCAGGGACUUCCAGGAGAUCAAGAUACAAGAGCAAGUGCAGAGGCUGUCAGUGGGCAGUAUUCCUCGUUCAAUGGUGGUGGUUCUGGAGGAUGACCUUGUUGACAGUUGUAAAUCUGGAGAUGAUGUUACUGUUUAUGGGGUGAUGUGUCAGCGCUGGAAGCCCUUUUAUGAUGGCACUCGCUGUGAUACGGAGCUGGUCCUGAAAGCUAACAACAUAGAAGUGAACAACCAGCUGGCUGCUGCCUCUUUUCUCAUGAACGAUGUUCAGAAAGAGUUUGACGACUUCUGGAUGAGCUACAAACAUGAUCCGAUAGCUGGUAGGAACCAGAUCUUGUUGAGCAUCUGCCCACAGGUAUUUGGCAUGUAUGUGAUUAAACUGGCAGUGGCCAUGGUGUUGGCUGGCGGGGUGCAAAGAAUAGAUUCUUCUGGGACCAAGAUCAGGGGUGAGUGUCAUAUGUUGCUGGUUGGGGACCCAGGCACAGGGAAGUCUCAGUUUCUAAAGUAUGCGGCUAAGAUUAUGCCUCGCUCUGUACUCACAGCUGGAAUUGGAUCAACAAGUGCAGGACUGACUGUAGCAGCGGUUAAAGAUGGUGGUGAUUGGCAUCUGGAGGCAGGAGCCCUGGUCCUGUCAGAUGGUGGUUUGUGCUGCAUUGAUGAAUUCAACAGCAUCAAGGAACAUGACCGCAUCAGCAUCCAUGAAGCUAUGGAACAACAGUCUAUUAGUGUGGCCAAAGCUGGAAUGGUGUGUAAGCUGAAUACUCGAACAACCAUCCUGGCAGCUACCAACCCUAAAGGCCAGUACAAUCCCAACGAGCCACUGUCUGUGAAUGUAGCUCUGGCCAGCCCUUUGCUGAGUCGUUUUGACCUGGUGCUAGUUCUGCUGGACACCAGAAACGCAGAGUGGGACCACAUCAUCUCCUCUUUCAUUUUGGAGGACAGAGGACUACCUGCUGAGUCUGCCAGCCUGUGGUCCAUGGAGAAAAUUAAGGCUUAUUUCAGUGUGAUUAAACGCUUGCAGCCGCAGGUGUCUGAGGAGGCCCAAACCAUCUUGACACGUUAUUACCAGCUGCAGAGACAAAGUGACGGCCGCAACGCUGCCCGCACCACCAUCCGCAUGCUGGAGAGUCUUAGCAGACUGGCUGAAGCUCAUGCCAAGCUCAUGUACAGAGAGACGGUGACCAUAGAGGAUGCUGUCAUAGCUGUUUCUGUCAUGGAGUGCUCUAUGCAGGGCGGUGCUCUGCUUGGAAAUGUAAAUGCAUUACUCACCUCAUUCCCUGACGAUCCCAGUCAGCAGUAUCAAAACCAGUGUCAGAUACUUCUGGAAGGACUAAACCUGCCACUGCUUCUACAGAAGGAGAUGGACAGACAGGCCAAGCUGAAAAGCAACACCUCAGAGGCCUCCCAAUUUGAGCCACCAGUUGAUGAUUACCAACAUCAACCCAGAGACACAAACAUCAUCAACAAAACACGCUGCCUUGACAUAACCAAUAAUUGCAAGGGCGAUGUCACAGUGGAGAGUGGCUUGGACUGGUUCCUCUCCAUCACUCCAUCACUGUCAGAUGGUAUGACCUCAUCCAUAAUUACGUCAGCUCAAGGAAACCUAAAUAGAAAACAAAGUUGGUCAGAAAUGUCUACAGUAACUAAACAACAAAACUGUCAAACUAAGGACAUUCCAAGUAACACUGGCUCAUCUUUAAACCAUAAUGUAAUUUCAAAUCCUAUUGAAACAGUCACUUCAGAAGAAAAUGGAAAAAGUGAGAAAAAUGAAAACAUCAAAGAAAAAAGCUUAAACGAAAAGCAGAUUGACCAAUCUAAGAAACUAGAAGAUAAAAAGCAUGCAGAUUCAGCGGGGUGUGUGAUUCAGAAAGUCUCUAAGAAUCUGAUAGACAGAAGAAGGGAGCUGGACCUGAAUCAACGACAGUCUGACAAAGCGGGAGGAGGAGAACGACAUGGAGAGAGGUUGAUGUCUGGAGAUACAAGUCAAAUUGUGACAGAUGUUUUGAAUAGGAGUUUAGAUUUCAACUUCAGCACCACACUGUCAUCAGCUAAGAACUGCCUCUUAAAUAACCUAGUUCAGGAUAACCUGCUCUCUGGCCAAGACAGUAGAUUAGAGAAGGAAGAUGAGUGGGACCAGGCUAGGACCAAGAACAUCAGUACACUACUCAAUGAAAACAUGGCAGUAGAAGCUGAAACAGAAAAACAAUUGAAUGCAAAGUUUUCUGGCUAUAAAUUCAAACCAAGGAAGAUGAGACCUUUAGUUCACAACCUUAAUGCCAGCCCAGAUGUCAGCACGGAGUUCCAAAAUUAUUGUAACCCAGGCAGUAGAGAUCCUCACGCCAACAAAGAAUGCAAAAUAAGUAAACAGAAGCCAGAUAGUCAUGAUGACUCACCUGUCCCAUUUACAAACCGAGAGAAGAAUAAGAGACAGAACCAGUACCAAGUUCUUUUGGAAGGCGAGAAGCAGCUAAACUGUGUCAGUGAGGUGGGAGAGAAAGGGGCUAAAACCAGUUCUUUUAUCUCAAAAGAGUUGGAUAAGUAUGACUUUUCCUUUGGAAAGGGCAAAUUGGCACAUGACAAAACUGUAGGUAGAAUAAAGGGAAGUGAUAAUACAGAAAAUCUGGGUCAAAAACAACGAACCAGACACAACACUUGCAAUGAGACUAACCUAGGUACUUGCGUCCAACCUUUAAAACCAACCACUUGCAUCAAUGAUCAAGCACCAUCCAAAUCAAGCCACACCAAGUCCACUCUGGCCCUUUCAACCCUGGCUAAACUCUCAAGUUUCUCGUUCAACAGCACAACUGAAUUCCCGAUCGCAGCUCAAACAGAAGUGGAAAAAAAUCCUACUGCAGUGGGAAAACGUCCACUUAACAGACAGGGUGCUGAAUGCUCAAGAGCAAAUUCCAAAGACAGGAAAACUCUAAAUCCCCCCGAAAACAGUCCCUUAUUAAGGAAGAUCAACACUGUAAUCACCAUGGGCAAAGUAAAGGACAUUUUACCUGCCUUAGCCAGAGAGCUCACACAAGAACAGGAACAUGAAUCAGGGAAAGAGUUACAAACUGAAACAAAGUGCAAAGCAAAGCAGACAGAGCCUACUCGUGCUGCCAACCAUGUUAGUGUAAACAUGGGGAAGGUUGGUCUUGUUGACUAUGAAACCACUACCAUUCUGAAAAAAAGAAAGUGUUUUGAGCUGGGAUCUCCACUAAGUCGUAUUGGUGGUUCUGAAGGUUCCUUCUCGAGAUUGUCUUUGCCUGGCUUUGUUGAGUUAGGGAAUGAUGUUUUCGACACUGACUGGGACAAAGAGGUUUCAAAGAGAGCCAAAAUUUAAAGUUAAAGCUGAGUUAUGUGUGGAU